AUGGACGGUGGCCGGACUCCCGGAGGCAAGCGAAGGGUCAUGGUGGUCGCCGACCCCGGCCGCGAGUCCGUGGGCGCACUCGAGUGGGCCCUCUACCACGCCGUGCUCGAGCACGACGAGAUCAUCCUCCUCCACAUCGAGCAGGCGAACGUGCGGCGGUCCUCCGCGUUGUCAGCGUUCCUCCGCCGUCCUCCCGCGGCCGCCUCCCCCCGCGUCUCCCCGCACGCCGCCGUCGGCGUCGCCGACGGCAAGGGCGACUACGAGUUCCUGGAGGUGAUGCGAGCUAAGUGCAAGUUCGCGCAACCCAAGGUCAGGGUGCAGGUCGAGAGGGUGGAGUUGGAGAGCAAGGACAAGGCGACGACGAUCCUCACGUGCACCAAGGUGUUCCGCGUUGACCUCCUCGUCAUCGGUCAUCGCCGGAGCUCCUCUUCAUUCCUGGGGUGCAAGCUAAGUGGAGGUAUGUCAAGUAAAGGGGCAGACGCAGCAGAAUUCCUGAUCGAGAACAGCAAGUGCCUCUGCGUUGGCGUCCAAAAGAAGGGCCAAAACGCAGGCUAUCUCCUCAACACCAAGACUCACAAAAACUUCUGGCUUCUCGCCUAGCCUUAGUGUGCCUCCAUCCCUUUCUCUUUUCUUCUGUACUAACUGAUCUCUUCCAUCAAAUGUGUUGCAUUUCCCUUUGCCUUUUACCUCAGCUUGCAUCUUAUGGGCAUUCAUGAAACCAAAGAA